AUUAUAAAGAUAUGAACAUUCAGAUUGAAUAAGAGGUUGAUCACAUGUUUGACUUUUCACUUCAAAAAAAAAAAAGUCAAAGAUCAAUAGAGGCAGCGGCAUGUGCUAUAUACUCUGUUUGGAACGUGAAGAGAAGUGAAAAAAUUUGUGCGGAUAUGGUCAAGCCGGAAGAGACACUGAGAGAGACGUGUCCGAACAAAAGCCAAGUUUCAUAGAAACUAUAUAUAAUUCACAUCUAAAGACGGAUCUUGAACAAACAUGCGUGGAGUUUGGCUUUAUCUCAAGAAGUCUCUUAGCUGCUGCGAUGCUCAGAAGCCAAGUGAUCCAGAGAAUAACCUAAUCCAGGAGAUGAAGAAUCCAUCUGGUUGCAGAAGAUCGAUGUCGAAUCUGAGGAAUGAGUUUGUCGCUUAUGGAGAUGAGGGAGCUAUGCAGAAUCCAAGCUUCCGUUGCUCACGGUCUCUGGAGAGCUCCAAGUUUAUAAACACGAUGAGGUUUGAGGGCAGUGGAGGAGCAUCUUCUUCUGAUUUGCUUUCAGGUCGUUACUCUUCUGAGAGGUUUGAUGUUAUUGGCUCAGACAUCUGCGGUUUUGGAGCUCUCUCUUGUAGAAUAUGUCGCCAGAGAGUCAGAGAUCUUUACGCUUUUGAGACUCAUUAUCUUACUAAUCACUCUGUCACUAGACUUUUAGAAGGAGACUUCUCGAGAACGACUGUAGAGUUGAUCUGCAACAGAGGCUAUUCUGACAAGCUUGGCAAAACGAAAGGGUGCAACGUUUCAGCUAUUCUGAAAGUCCAGAACCUGCAGAGAGUCGUCGCGGAGUUUGAAAACUACAGAGAGCUCGUGAAAAUAAGAGCGACCAAGCUUUCGAAGAAACACUCUCGCUGUGUGGCUGAUGGGAACGAGUUUCUUGGGUUCCACGGUACAACUCUGUCUUGCUCUCUCGGUUUGAGCAGCAACAGCGGCUCUUCAAACCUCUGUUUCUCGGAUCAGUGUGGAGUUUGUAAGAUUUUAAGACAUGGGUUUGCUUCUAAAACAAGACAAGAUGGGAUUAAAGGAGUUCUCACAGCAUCAGCUUGCUCUGCGGCUCUUGAGGGGAUCGAAAUGGAACGAGGAAGAAGCAGAGGUGCGUUGAGAGCUGUUGUGCUGUGUAGAGUGAUCGCAGGGAGGGUUCAUAAACCUAUGAAGAAGUUUGAAGAUCCUAAUGUUUUUUCUGAGUUUGAUUCAUUGGCGUUGAAAGUGGGACCAAAUGCUAUACUUGAAGAGCUUUACCUUUUGAGUACUAAAGCUCUGUUGCCUUGCUUUGUUAUAGUCUUCAAGCCUCGAAACAACACCUCAUAAUCAAAUUUUAAUU